AUGGGCAUGAUGGAAACCUCUCCCAUCACCAUAGCUCCUUUGCUAUUAAGAAACAUAGCAACCACCAUGUUUAUCUUUGCUGAUAAAUCCCUUGUUACCUUAUCACAAAAAUAUAAACUUCUUGAACAUAUUCGUUAUCUUCUUGUCACUUCUUUUCUCUUCUUUCUACGUUUACUUCCUUCUUUAUUCCCUUGUUUAAACCCUAGGCAUGACCAAGAUCACAAUGAUACCAAUAAUAUUCAGUACCAUCCUCUUAAGCAACCCAAAGGCGAAAACUGCUCGCCUUCAUCAGGUUUUGGAGAUUCAGGUAUUGCAAGAGCUCUCACACAGCUAUUGUCAAUCGUUAAUGAUCUUCCUGUUAGCUCAAGAAAGUAUGAAAUUGUUAGAUCAUUAGCAGAGAAGAUUAUAGAUGAUAACCAUAAGGAAAAUAUUGAGGCCUUGCGAGAGGUCAACCGUGGGGUUUUAUCUGCGGCUUUUUCUAGGACUCUUAGCCAGCUUGAAGCCGCCAUGAUGGAAACAGGGCGUGAUGGGGUUGAAAAUGGCAGCUCAAGGACCGGACCGGUUAAGGGUCGGUGGAAACAGGUUUUAAAGGCUGUUCGGGCUGUGGGUGACAGGAGUUGGUCUCGGUCUGGUAGAGGUAGAGAAGGGGUGGACCGGUCAUCGGAGAAGUUGGCGGCUGAGCUGCUUUGGCUGGGUCAGAAAUUGGUUACUUGUGGAUGUGGGGAGGAAGCUGUUUGGAGGUGGGCUUCCGCUUCAAACUUGGCUUGGCUUGCUCUCUCAGCUGAGGCUCGGCUACAGGUCUCAUUGGUGAAAGUCUCAGCAUUCCUAUUUAAACAAGCAAAAGAAUUGGGACUUGAUGAAACUGAAGAAGGGCAGAGAGAACAGCAAAGGCAAACAAAGAUGAAGAUGCUGAUGUGCUGGCUGCCAUUGCUGUGCAGAGCAAGCAAUGGCACCGAUGCGCCAGUGCUUAGCAUGAGUGAAAGGGCUCGACUAGAAAGAAUACUGGAAGAGAUGAUAGAGAUGCUGGAACAUGAAGAAGAGCAGGAGCAGGUCUUGUCUUUGUGGCUACACCACUUCACAUAUAGCCUAUCUUCUGACUGGCCUAACCUCCAUGCCUCUUAUGCUAGAUGGUGCACUGCUUCUCGUAAACUCUUAAUUCACAAUUGA